UAUACUAGCGGGUAGCGGCGGGCCGGCUCGCCCAGCCCGGCCGGCCGAGACUGAGGGCUCCUGCGAAACUGCUUCCCUUCGGCGCAGCGGAGCCUGGUGCCGGGCAGUCCCCGGAGCGGGCCAUGCCCCCGCGGGAGCUGAGCGAGGCCGAGACAUCCCCGCUGCGGGCCCCGACCCCUCCCCCGCGGCGGGGCAGCGCGCCCCCGGAGCUGGGCAUCAAGUGCGUGCUGGUGGGCGACGGCGCGGUGGGCAAGAGCAGCCUCAUCGUCAGCUACACCUGCAAUGGAUACCCCGCGCGCUACCGGCCCACGGCGCUGGACACCUUCUCCGUGCAAGUCCUGGUGGAUGGAGCCCCCGUGCGCAUUGAGCUCUGGGACACGGCGGGACAGGAGGACUUCGACCGCCUGCGCUCGCUCUGCUACCCCGACACCGACGUCUUCCUGGCUUGCUUUAGCGUGGUCCAGCCCAGCUCCUUCCAGAACAUCACGGAGAAAUGGCUGCCUGAGAUCCGCACGCACAAUCCGCAAGCCCCCGUGCUGCUGGUGGGCACCCAGGCCGACCUGAGGGACGAUGUCAAUGUACUGAUUCAGCUGGACCAGGGCGGGCGGGAAGCCCCCGUGCCUCAGCCCCAGGCCCAGGGCCUGGCCGAGAAGAUCCGGGCCUGCUGCUACCUCGAGUGCUCGGCCUUGACACAGAAGAAUUUGAAGGAGGUGUUUGACUCGGCCAUCCUCAGUGCCAUAGAGCACAAAGCCAGGCUGGAGAAGAAACUGAACGCCAAGGGUGUGCGCACCCUCUCCCGCUGCCGCUGGAAGAAGUUCUUCUGCUUUGUCUGACUGUCCUGACGGCAGAGGGGGCCAUGCACCAGCGGCCGCAGAUUUCUGGAACCUGGGGUCCCCCGCCUUUGAGGGGGGCUCUUGGCAGAUCUAGGCCACUCCAUGGGACGCAGUUCCUUACUGAACACUGUGGAGCAGGGCCUCUGCUCACCAGGGUGGGCCUGGGGCCAGGAGGAGAGACAGCUCUGGCUUGGAUUUGUGUGGUCAGGGCUCAGAGAAUUCCCAACGCUUUGAUUGCACUGGGAUGGUCCUAACAGUGUCAGACGACUCCAAGCCUUUGGAAAUCUGAUUCCUGGUUUCUUCUUUGAGGGUCCGCAGCCCAGUAGGCUGAUAAGGACCCCUUGUGGUGGUCCCAGCGCCUUGUGCAUACUGGGGUGAGCAGGAGCCCAGGGAACGUCCGGCUGGGCCUCUUGGAAGGCUGGAAGGUGUGUCCAGCACCAGUUUGAAGAGAUGAUUCGGGUGGACUGAGAUGGAGAGUGAGCAGAAAGCUUGACCUCCGUGCCCAGGGAGUGGAGGCAGGCUGUAUGGGGCUGGGGUGGGGAGCAGGAAGAGUCAGGAUAGGAGCAGAGAAGUGGGGCAGCUGAGGAGCUUGGCUGACACCUGGGCUGCCCUCAACCCCCAAGGCCAGGGAGGGCGGGGCUGGUCCCUGGGAAGAUGUGGGUCUCAGGGCUCCCUCAGCACUGCCCAAACUGGCUGGGCCGGGAGUCAGGCAGGAAGUAAGCAGCAAGGCCCGGCAGGAGGAGUGGGGGAGGAGCUGCAAACUAGAGCCUUAAGGUCGAAAGAGCUGGGGGUCACCUUUCUCCAAGGUCACAGCCUGGAAGGUUUUG